ACACAUACAUAUGCACGAAAUAUUAAAACUUGUCACACGUAUGGGGUUUAAAAACGACUGCAUAUGAAUCAGAGUUAAAAGAAUACGAGUUUAAUAAAAAUAAAGUUCAGAACAAUUGAAAAGUUCUACGGUCAAACCAGCGUUCGUUGUAUUGGUGUAUUAAACACUUAUUUUUUAAGCAGCGGUCAUUAUGGUUUAAAGGCCGAUUGAAAUGUACACGGAUUGAUUUCAGUAAUCGUCUUGAGAGACUUUUAUACUUGACCCUGCAUCUUGUUCUAGAACUUCAACAUGCCACCAAAAGGAUAAAGAUGGAAAACAAGUAUUUCCCAAGGAAAGAUGAAACCGUGUGAAUUGACUUUAAUUUAUAUCGAUGGAUUUGAUUUUUGAUUUGUGUAUUGAGUGUGAAACAAUAGACAAGGUCUCUUUGACAAAGAGGAAUUGUGUUUCUAUCACUUCGUAGUUAAAAUUCCAUUGUUAGUCCCUGUAUGAGAGACGAUUUUUAUCUCCGAUAUGAACGAGAUGCUCUUUAAAUUAUGGCCCGCCAGUCCCUUGACAGACGGGUGUUAGGAAGGAGAGAGAGACCUCUAGCUCUUGUUCGGAAAACUCCAAAGUUUCAGCGACUGAAUGGAUGGGAUCUACCGUAUGAAAAUGAAUCUCUUGAUAUCGUGGCUUGGACAAGUUUACAAACUGCCCUACACUCAAAGAAAGACCGAAAGAAGUCAAAAAUAUCAACAGAAGACUUAACUUACAGACAUGUACCAAACUACCGGUGUUCAGCUCUGGAAAACUCGACAGAGUUCGAAAGACAUAGUCUUCACGCCAGACUCUUCAUAAAAGAAAAGUCUUUGUCGGAGCAGACGAUAGUUAAACCCAUAAGGCGGUCAAAAACUACACUCACACUCACCAAUGUACGCUCAACCAAUACUUUUCAACAGAGAAUUGGUGAAGUGCCAGAGGAAAACUUUCAAGAAACAAAAGCAAAAGAUGACAUUGAUGUUCUUAGCCGAGUUAUUGAAAAAGAGGUGGAAAGAAAAGAUGAAAAUAUUAUAAAACGAAGCAAAAGUGUUCCGGUCCCUUACAUGCCAGAACGACCCGAGAAUGCCCCAUCUUUCCGUCGUUUGUUGUAUUACGCGCGGAAAUAUGGAUCAAACGAUGACGGGGUCUUAGAUGAGGAGGACGAGGGUUAUGGAUCGAAAACCCCGAGUGCUGAGGACAAAGACGUAACAAGCUUGUUUGAUGGUUUUUCAGGGCGACGUUUUCUAGAAAAACCAUUGGACAGUGACGGAAAUGCGGAGAGGAAGUUUGCAAAAUUCUCAUAUACGCAUCAAAUACCAAAGGCAACAUCUCUUUUUGAAGAGUCAGAGGACGAGAAAGCUCGAAAGAAUAGUGAACGUGACGUUAGGUUGUACAAAAAUGGAUACAUAGAAGAGAGAGAUAAAUCCACGGUUAGGAAAAUGUUAAAUAGGUCUCAUACUAGUAUUGGUCAUUAUGAGAGUAGUACGUUUUGUGCUAUUGAGGACUUAAAACCAGCCAUUGUCCUCAGAAAAAUUUCGAUCCAAAACGCACAGGAAGAUAAAGCAUCUUCUAGUGAACAACCAAACAGUCAAACUGAAAAGAAAUCUUUCUAUGAGCCCCAUAAAACUAUAGUGAGACAAAAUUCUUUUGCUCAGAAUCAAAGUGAUAGAGCACAGUACCCGGUGUAUUGCACUAGCCCUGAGUUUAAAUUUGCACAUUUGCCACAGCAAAGGCCGUCAUCGAAAAAACAGCAAAGAGAAAGUAAUCCAUCAUCUAAUGGCAAGAAAAGCAAAAUUGAGUCUGCAAGAAAAUUGAGGACGCCUAAUUUAGACUUGUAUAGGGCUCACACGAGUGUUUGCAUGCCGAUUGGAGACUUGUUACCGGCUGUUGAUAGAAGUCUUCGCAAAGGAAACGCUUCUAAAUCAAAACAAAAUGCUCAAAUUUCACAAUCCAUGCCGGACUCAUUGGACACAAUUUUAUCUGUUCGCAAAUCGUACGAUGAAGUACAGCAAGCGGGUCUAGAUUAUAUAAUGAACAAGCAAAGCAAGGGAAUGGUAACACCCACUUUCCGAAAUUCAAACUCGACGACAAGUUUAGAUUCAUCGACAACCAUCAAAUCAACGUCAGAUAAAGGUGGAAAAGGUCAAUACAAUACACCACCCAGAAUAAGCCUAGAUGACUUUGCAUCAGUUUCCUCCCUUUCCACAUCCAGAGAGGAGGCCAAGCCAAAACAAAACACGACAAACGCUACCAACACCAAGACGAGAGAAGGUCAUAUAUCACCAGGUCGCCGUAGAAUUGGUAUUUGGCAUAAAGAUUACCGACGCUCAUUGGAACAAAGAGGCAUCAAUUUUUUUUCUCCAAAACUUUUGUUGAAAAUCCCGUCUCGACAUAUGAGUUCAAAAUUAACAUCUGUUCACUUACUUGUUUACUAACAUGAAUGUUCUCGGUUUUAAUCUAACAAUUCCCCCUAUACUACAUACUCCCUUUGAUUUAUAUUUGUGUGUUUUGCAACAAAGGAGAGAAGUUUAAAAUUCAUUGAUUUUAAGUUUUUGAUGACCAUUUUAUUUAUUUUUUUUUGUCGAUGAAUCGCUCCUCAUAUUUAAAGUAUUUAUAAUUACAUGUAAGAUAAAGAAUCAGUUGCCAUGAAAUAUAACACCCGACCAAAUAUAUAUUGAAACUAUAUUCGAACAAAAUCAGGAUUUGUUUACUUGGGCAGACAUAGAAAGACUAAGGAGUGACUUAUUUUAAAUUACCGUAUAAGUGGAAAUUUGAGCGAGACGCAAAUUUAGCGAUUUGUCCUUCAAAAUUGGCAUUUUAUUUUUAGCAAGAUGUGAUUUUAGCGAUUUUAAAUAGCACACAUAAGAAGCUAAAACAAAUAAAGCGCAUUUAAUUUUUAGCGAUAUUCAAUAUUAGCGAUCUUGGCACCCUCGCUAAUAAUGCCAAAAUUAAAUCCUCGCUAAAAAUUCUACUUAUACGGUAAGUAUAUUUUAGUAAAUGCAGUUGCCGUUUUUCACAUAAAUUAUUUGUAAUUUCUAAGGGUGGAAUGUAAAAUGAUUGUUAUCAUGUUUCCAUUAGUAAGCUGCUAAACUUUUCUUUCUAAUCAUUUUUGUUUAGUGAAUGAUAUUCUCAUAAAACAAUGCUUUAUACUGCUGAAUACAGGACAUUAUUAGAAUUCGACGUUUACAACAUAUUCUAUAUAUUUCAGGGUUCGCUUUACCGCCCAUCCCGACAAAGACACGAAAAAGAAACUUCGUGACGCCUUCUCCAGAUUUUACAAUAAACAGCCCUACGGGGCUAGUCCUUCAAACAAAAACUGGACGGAGGAGUUGAAAUUCAUGUGGA